AUGUCGACUCCCGCACCAGAGAUCACAGUGCUCUACUUCGCGGCGGCAUCGACGGCGACGGGGCUGACGAUGGAGCGCGUCCCACUGCCGCUGCUACCAGACUCAACCAAUUUUGCAACCGCAGCUGAACUUACAGCCGACUCCAAUCGCUGUUCUUACCCAACAGGCUUCCCGCUCACGUCGCUGGCGGCGCUGCUGAGCGCGCGGCAUCCGCAUGCGGGGCUGGGGGCGAUCCUGGCGGGGAGUAAAUGGGCGGUAGACGCGGAGAUGGUGGAGGAGCCCGAGGCGGUGUUCUUACGCGGCGGAGAGGAGGUCGCGGUGAUCUGUCCGGUGUCAGGAGGGUAG